UAGCUAGCAGGCUACCUGCAGGCAUGCAUCCUCAACCUUUUGCCUCUCAUGUGGAGAUGCCACCAUGGUAUGGAAUGCAUCCACAAUGUGGACAUAUCUCCCUGAGAGAUUAAAUAAAAAAAGAAAGAAAAAGAAGGCAUUUGCAUGUAUUCCUUAAAAAGGUCAGGAGAGCUAGUGAGCGAUUUGGGUGUUGUUUGUGGUGGAUUCCACUUCAUGGCUGUACAAACUCCGGAGCUCAGUAUCUCGAUGGCUCUCGUAUUGGCCUGCAUCUCGCCCAGUGCGCGAUGUGUAAUCAUGCAUGCCGCCGCCAAGAAAGGUAGCGGGAGGCGUCCCGGUUCAUCGCCAUCGACGGCGACGACGACGACGACGACGACCUCUAUAAGUACGUGAACAAGAACAAGAAGAGGAAGCCAAGGGCGAGACGGAUCGGCCGGUCAUGUCGUCGGGGAAGAAGACUCCGACGACGGAGGCGACGGCGGUGGCGGCGAGGCUGAGCAGGCCAUGCGUCCUCAUCAUAGUGGUGGCGAGCGUGGAGAGGUUCGCGUACAAGGGGGUGGCGUCCAACCUGGUGACGUACCUCACCGACGUGGUGGAGAUGAGCACGUCGGCGGCGGCGAGGAGCGUCAGCACGUGGAGCGGCGUCACCUCCAUGCUGCCGCUCGCCAGCGCCGUCGUCGCCGACUCCUACUGGGACCGCUACUCCACCAUCACCGCCUCCUCCCUGCUCUACGUCGUCGGGCUAAUAGGGCUCACACUGUGGGCACUGCUGCACACGCGGAUGCCAUGCUCGACGCUCUUCUUCCCGCUCUACCUCAUCUCCGUCGGCCAAGGCGGCUACAACCCUUCGCUGCAAGCCUUCGGCGCCGACCAGCUCGACAUCGGCGACGACGACGACGACGGCGACGGCGGCACGACGGCGGCGGCAGCAACCGAAGAGCAGAGGAGCAAGGUGAAGAGCCUCUUCUUCCAGUGGUGGUACUUCGGCAUCUGCAGCGGCAGCCUGCUGGGGAACUCCACCAUGUCGUACGUGCAGGACACCGUCGGCUGGGGCCUCGGCUUCGCCAUCCCCUCCGCCGCCAUGGCCGUGUCCGUCGCCGCCUUCUUCUGCUGCGCGCCGCUGUACAAGAAGCAGAGGCAGCCGACGAGGGUUGCUCAUAAGCCAUGCCGUGGUGGUGGUAGUGGUGUCUUCGGAGCUCUGAGAUCGCUUCUCGCGAAUGUCGCUGCAAGAAAGAUCACGCUGCCCUCCCGAGACGAAGACGACACUGACGACAUCGUCUUGAGCGAGCUAGAGUUGCAGGAGAAGCCAUUGACGAAGGUGGAGUUGGCUGAUGAGAAACGCGAGGAGGAGGUGGCCAUGGGCGAGGCUGCACCGAGCGUGGCCAAGAUCAUACUCAGGCUGCUCCCAAUCUGGGCGAUGAUGCUCAUGUUCGCCGUGAUCUUCCAGCAGCCGAUGACGUUCUUCACCAGGCAGGGGAUGGCGAUGGACCACCGCGUCGCGGGCGGCGCCUUCGUGAUCCCGCCGGCGAUGCUGCAGAGCUCCAUCACCGUCUCGAUCAUCCUGCUCAUGCCGCUCUACGACCGGAUGGUGGUGCCGCUGGCGGGCCUGGUCACCGGCGACGGGAAGGGGGUCACCGUGCUCCAGCGGAUCGGCGUCGGCAUGGUGCUCUCCAUCGUCGCCAUGGCGGUCGCGGCGCUCGUGGAGGCGCGGCGGCUCCGCGCCGCGGCGGCCGGCGCCAGCCUGAGCAUAGCCUGGCUCCUCCCGCAGUACGUCCUGCUCGGCGUCUCCGACGUGUUCGCCGUGGUGGGCAUGCAGGAGUUCUUCUACACCCAGGUGCCCGGCGCCAUGAGGACCGUCGGCAUCGCGCUCUACCUCAGCGUCUUCGGCGUCGGGAGCUUCCUCGGCGCGUUCCUCAUCACCGCCAUCGAGAUGGCCACGGCGACGGCCGCCGGCGGCCACGGCUGGUUCUCCGACGACCCUCGGGAGGCGCACCUGGACAGGUACUACUGGUUCUUGGCGCUCCUCAGCUGCGUCAGCUUCGUCGUCUUCGUGCACCUGUGCAAGUACUACUGAUCUUGCCGCCAUGGCGCCAUGGAUGCAUCAGUUAGAGGUAGGAUUUUAGCAGUGCAGUGCCGAGGCCUGAUUGCUUGAACGAUCUGGCCAUUGUUGCUGUUUGUUCGUCUGCAGAUUACAAACUUUUUAGUUCAGGUGAUGUCCAUGUUUUCAGAGCUUUUUUUUUUUUCAGAGAGAGCUUGUAAAUUGGUGUACUGCUGCUCGACUCUGUAGAACUACAGAUUGUUUGUGCAUUUAGCCUUCUCUCCGUGAGUACUUGGUCAUGGAAUUUGAAGCGGAGGUUUUCACAUAAUGGAAAUCUGGAUGCGGAUCAUAGUUUCAUAAGUAAUUUAUACUUUGUAGAGAGAGAGAGAAAUGACAAAUCGUAAUGAAUUCAAAUGUUUCGUGUGAAACAUGUGGCAUAGAGCCAUGGACUCUGUUCUGAACAGUAAACAAUAUCAUCCAACAUGGCCAUCCAGUUGUAUUACUAAAACGAGCAACUUUACCGUCAUUAAGAAAGUAAUGUGAAGUAUAUGUAAAAU